AACAGAAGGCGAUGCAAAUGCAGGAUUCAAAGUUGUGGAGGUGCUUGUGAUAAUUUAAUAAUUGAUUAGUAGCCUUUCAACGGUAUAGUGUGAGUGAGUGAGUGAGUGUGUGCGUGUUUGUGUGUGUGUGUGUGUACAAAGUCUCCAGUUUCAGGCCUUGACGUCCGCCCUCCGGGGAGGAAACGGAACGGAUCUGUAGAUGCAGUUCUGCUCUGCUGGCCGGUUCCAGAACAGACCGGGACGAGCUAAUCACGGAAUGACGCUGUGCUGGGGUUCUCUGUCAUAUAUCCAUACUGCAUCUGAUUUUCACGUGUGCAGCCCAGAAGGGUGACAGAGGUGCCACACAACCGGAUAGCAGACGGUUAUCAAUAUUGGAGCUGCAUCAACAGAUAAACGUGGCACGGGGCUUUUUGUCCCAGGGAUCAUUUGAGAGGAAUACCAACAGAGCCUUGGAUUAGGAGGGUAUUACGUAGUGGAUUGCAUCGGGGCGCCAUGUCAAUCUUGCCCUCUUUCGGCUUUACACAGGAGCAGGUCGCGUGCGUCUGCGAGGUGCUGCAGCAGGGUGGGAACCUGGAGAGGCUCGGACGUUUCCUUUGGUCCCUGCCAGCCUGCGACCACCUCCACAAGAACGAAUCCGUGCUGAAAGCGAAGGCCGUGGUGGCCUUCCACAGGGGAAAUUUCCGUGAGCUCUACAAGAUCCUGGAAAGCCACCAGUUCUCCGCGCACAACCACCCGAAGCUGCAGCAGCUGUGGCUGAAGGCUCACUACGUGGAGGCGGAAAAAUUGCGGGGUCGCCCGCUAGGAGCUGUGGGCAAAUACCGAGUGCGCAGGAAAUUUCCUUUGCCCCGUACGAUCUGGGACGGUGAGGAGACCAGUUACUGCUUUAAGGAGAAGUCACGGGGCGUGCUGCGUGAAUGGUACACGCACAAUCCCUAUCCAUCUCCACGGGAGAAGCGGGAGCUGGCGGAGGCAACGGGACUGACCACCACACAGGUCAGCAACUGGUUUAAAAACAGGAGGCAAAGAGACCGGGCAGCCGAGGCAAAAGAGAGAGAAAACAGCGAGAACAACGGCGUUGGCGGUAAGCAGAACCAGCGGUCUCCGCUCGACGGAGUCAAGUCGCUCAUGUCCAGCUCGGAGGAUGAAUUCUCUCCGCCGCAGAGCCCCGAGCACAACCCCGUGCUCCUCCUGCAGGGGAACAUGAACAAUCCCGUGGCUCCCUCAUACCCAAUGCCCGGCCUCGGUGCACAGCAUUCGGUGCACAGCAUGCAAGGACAUCCGCAUCAGAUCCAGGAUUCACUACUGGGAUCUCUAACAUCCAGCCUUGUGGAUUUAGGAUCUUAGGAUUUCUCGUUCACGUUUUAAGCGACAAGACUUAUAAACAUAACCAAUAUUUACGACAUUACCGCAUAUUCUUAUGACGCAGAGGACGUUUGCUGAUGUAAACUAUUAUGUUGCAAAUGAUUAGAAACGGGGGGACGAUCAAGAGUUUCUCUGAGUUUGGGGAAUUUUGAGUUUACUGUAAAAGUGCAUCAAAUUUGUAAAACCAGCAAGGCCAAUAUUUAAGAAUAUUCACAGUAUUGUUGAAUGCAUAAACUUUUAAUAAUUUAUGAUGUUUUAAUCAAAGUUAAUUUAUAGAAAGUGUUCUGAAUUGGACAGGGAUUCUAAUGAGAAAAGCAUUGGUUUCAAACAUCUUCAACUAAACUAUAGAUGUGGAAACUGGGUUUCGUUCUUUAUUUUUUAUUCAGUUUAAAUAUAGCCUAAUAUGUAGCCACUAGCCUACAUUUACUACAUUCUUGUAGUUUUAAAAACAGUGGCUCUCCAACGUCAAUUUUUUUUUUUUUAAAUCACAAAUUUUUAAAAACUCUUUGAGCAUUUGUCUUUUAGCGUGUUAAUAAAAAAUAUCAUAAAUAGACAAUAAAUAAACACAAAGGCAUAUUUAAUAAAAAUAUGUCAAUCCACGUGACACGUACAAGCCGGGAGCGAGCAUGGGCGCGUGAAAAAUGAGAACGCCUGAAACGUCAACAAGAAAAAUUGGCCCUUAUGCAGAGGGGCAGAGAGACGCCAAGGCGCCAGGCUGCGCGCAGGGCCGAGUUUGACUUUUUGACCGUUAUUUAAACUGGUUAAAAACGCACAUAUUGAGUCACUUUAAGCCUUAACUUUAAGUUUGAUAAAAAUUAUAUAUGUAUAUAAGUUCAAUACAAUGACCGACUUAACAAAAAUGAGAGCGGAAGAAAGGGGGAGUGUUGUUGUUUUCACUGAAAAUUGACACGAUCCGCAAGUGCCGCUUUAAAGACCCUCCACCCAAAACGCCUCGUCCACCAAAACCUCUACAAAACCGUCGACCCAAAUUAAAACAAUUGUGAACUUUUUGUUCUUCUUUGUGUACAAACUACAGACACUGCCAAACAAUUUUCAACAAAUGGAAAAAAAUAAAAUUUAAAAAUCGAAUUUUUCGCAUUUAGAUAUAGGUUAGCAUUUGCUAACAUUUCAAGACAGAAAGAUAAAAUAUGACAAUACAUUUCCAAAUCCGUAAUGAAAGCUAAAGUUUCUGGAAUAUUCUGCUGUGAGAUCAGCUCGAAUUCGCCAACUCUUUCUCUCUCUUACCUCGAUAGUCUCGUGUCAGUGUAAGUGGUUCUGAACAGAGAGCGCAGAGGGUUUCCGGGCCCUAAUUAGAAACAUUCUCCGGGUGUAGAGGGGCUUGAUUGCAAAAAUGAGGGGGACACCCUUUCCAGCCUCCACAGGGUGCUGCACUACAGAAAAUUACCUUUGGAGUUCAAUAAAGUCUGUUUGUCUGAC